AUGGUAGCCUGGAAUGUCCGCUCUCUUCUAGAAAAUCCACGCCGUAGUCAGCUGAAACGGAAGACGGGGACAGUCAUUAGAGAAGAGGCGGGCCACGACGUGGACAUCGCUGCCCCCAGCCAGACCCACUUCUCCGAACAAAUUCAAUUGAAACAUGUGAGUGCCAGCCACACCCUCCUCCGCAGUGGACACCCAAAGGCAGAGCGACGCAACAUAGGUGUCGUUUUUGUCAUCUGGAACGUCAUCGUGGGGCGACUGCUCUGUCUGCCGCAGUGCAUCAACGACUGCCCCUUUGGGGAGUUAAAGUCGCCAACGUCAUCAGUGCCUGCGUCCCCCCAAAGAUUAGCUCUGACGGGGUAAGGAAUAAAUUUUUCAGCAACCUACCCUCCCCUCUGGAGACUGUGUUGAAGGCGAAUGAGUCACUUGUUGUUGGUGACUUAAAUAUCCGCGUCGAGACAGACCACGAUGCCUAAAAGGAAGUUCUGGGCUGCCAUGGUCUCGGCGACUAAAGCAAGAACGCGUCUCCCCCUCCACAAAACUUUGCAGAACAGCAUCUCCUCCGGACCAACACUUUGCGCCUUCCGACUCAGGGAAAGUCUACCUGGAUGCACUCCCGAUCUCGACGCUGGCAGCUGCUAGAUUAUGACCAAGUCAAUCUGCUACGCCGAGGGAUCGUUGGAUCACUACUUCGUCAUCUUCAAGGUGAGGCUUCGACUGUAACCUCACAGGAGGCCACCAGAUAAGCGACCACCAGGCAAGUUAAAUACUAAUCUGUUGAGUUUGCCUGAUCACCGCUUCGACUGUGACGAUCAAGUCGCCAACCAAAUGGAAGACAUGCAGGCUCCAAAUGGCAACGCCGCCAUGAAAUAUAGUUGUACCGACUUCUGAGCAUCAUUCACGCCACCGCCUUCAACGUUCUCGUUCGUGCAGGGCGUCAACACCAGGGCCAGUUUGACGACGACUAGAAAAUCAGCUGUUUGCUCGCCGAGAAAAAAGGGCUGUUCAAUUUCUAUGGAAAAUUGUGAACUUAAGCUAACAGGGCGGUCUCCUUCGGAUGUGGUCGUCUUGGGCAGCAUUCGGCUGUGAGAGCUGCAAAAUUAGUCAAUGGGUCGCAAGGCCAAAGAAAUUUAAGGGUACGUGAAUAUCAAUGAAACAAAGAAUAUCUUCCCGUCAAUCACGGAAUGCUACCCUACACCCCCCCCCACCCCCCCCCACCAAGGCAACUAUAUUGUUGUUCAGAUUCGACGGACUAGCGCUCCUAAUAAACAAAUCUCAGAUUAUAAAGAGCUGGGCUGAGUAUUACGAAGCCGUCCUCCACCGUCCACCCACGAUCUUCGGCGCCGCCAUCGACCGGUUCCCUCAAGCAGAAACGAACAACGACCUGAGCCUCCAGCCUUCUGCCGCAGAAACUGUCAGAGCUGUACACCAACUAUUCUGUGGUAAGGGUGAGGGAUCUGUAGCGGUCCCUGCCGAACUCUACGAGCAUGAUGACCCCAACUUAAAACGGAAUACCAGGGGAUGUGGAACUGAGGACAGAUUAAUAUAGACUUCAAAGACACCAGCAUCGGCUAUCUCUACAACCAGAAGGGAAGCCAGCGAGUCUGUAAUAAUCACGGAGGAACGUCGCUGCUGACCUAUACUGAGAAGAUCGUUGGUCACAUUUUCUCCACUCUUCUCAACCUCCCAGACGAAGCUCCGGAACAACCAACCUAUCACAAGAGAAGUUCCAAGCAACGCAUACCAAAAUCCAAGUUGAAUUCGUGGAACUGAGAAAGGCAUUUGUCACACUGAAUACUGAUGGAUUCUGACAAUCGUUCAGAAAUUAGGUUGGCCGAGACAAUGCCCGUACAUGUCGCCUCAGCUUCCCAGCAGAAUGAUGGCAAGCAUCAGGGACGAGAGGACUAUCUCAGAACCAUUCGUAGUAAUCAAUGCAGUCAAACAGGACUGUGUACUCAUUGUCACUCUAUUCAGUCUCCUGUUCUCUGCCAUGCUGAGGCAUGUCUGCUGUGAUGUGCUCCCUGUGAUCAUUAUUGUCUACCGGACCGAUGACCAGCUUCUCUAUACCCGAAACGAGCAGACCCCACCAAACGACUGGGCGUCCAACACCGCGACAGAACCGGAUGUGCAACGCGACGUGGAUCGCUUUGUCGCCGACUGUGCACACUUCGGACUGACCAUCGAUAUGGGCAAAACGGUUAGAGCAUUAGUCGCCACCCCACUCUGAACACAUUUCCUCGUGCGUCACUGUAAACUACACUCCGUACUACAUUCAAAUUCACCUAUUUAGACAGUACACUCGUCUGCAGCACAAAAAUUGAGGAUAAAGUUACGCACCGGAUCUCCGAAUUCUGCCAUGCCUUCGACCAGCCGCAGAACUUAGUGUGGUAUUGUCAUGAAACUCAUCUCAACAUCAAGCAGAAGAUGUGCAAACUAUCAUUUGACAACACUGCAAUUUCGAAUGGAAGCGUGGAGAGUUUGAGAGAACCAGACGGGGAGACUCAAAUAUUUGCACUGUGGUCGCCUCCGGGAAUACUGAAAUUGCGAUAGCUAAACAAGACUCCGGAUAAAGACACCCUUGAAAGAAACGGACUCCUUAGUAUUCGGGUCUUGAUGAGGCAACUUCAACUGUGCUUUGGCGGUCACCUCGUGAGCAGGAAUGAAAGACGCCGACCCAAGUGAAUCUCCUACAGCGAUGCUGGUGCAGUGCCUGCCGACAAGGAGGACAAGACCAGGUGCAAUAUGGACACUCUGAAAGCGCCUGUCAAGAAACUGUAAGCCGAUGCAGAGACCUGGCAGGAUCCGGCCCAGGAUGGAUCAGCCUGGAGAGGGGCAGUGAAGACUGAAGCAGCAAUCGACGAUCCUAAUGGAAUCGACGCUGUCAGAGCCAAAGGAGUGACUCAGACGUCUCAGGCACCUCCAACCCACAACGCCACUAUCUGAAAGUUUGCAACUCAUCCAGGCUGUCAAUGAACCUCCUAGCACGUGAAUCGACCUCAUUGGACAUCUCCGGACCCUGUGCAAGCACAUCCAGUUAACUCCAUCUGAUGUCUCCGCAAACGCCUCCAUCUGUAUCGCUGUACUAACCCCAUGCCGCAUCCGAGACGGCGACCACCCCUACCACUGGUGAUCAUACUCCCGACUCCCCGUCAUCCUCAGUCGCCGCCCCGACCCGCCCCCCAUCUUCCAGCCACAACCAUGGCGACGACGACUACCACCUCUUCUACUCCAGCCAUCGACGAGAAUACUUCCAACAUCCGGCAACCAGUACCAUCUCCACUCCUGCCACCAAUGCAACCUCGAACCCAUCAUGGCCUCGUUGCGAUCGCACCUUCACAUCCGACAUCGAUCUUCUCCGUCAAUUACGAAUCCAUUGCACAGAGACUGACGAACUGGUGCUCGGAUCAUCGAAAUACACCUGUCGUCAUUGCCUCAACUCUCCGCAUUAAGCCCGCACCUUCGGCCACCACAUAG